AUGGCCAACCUCCAAGCCCUCACAACAACCCUCACCACCUCCGGCCCCCACAAAAUCGAACCCACAUCUCGCCGAGUCCGCGCAUUAUUUGACGGAGUAUGGAUUUUCGAUACAACACAUAGCCAAUACGUAUGGGAGCACAAAUACUACCCCCAAUUCUACAUCCCGCUUAAAGAUAUCACCACCGGAGUCCUGCGCAAAGGCGACGCGUAUGAUUCAGGGGGGUCGGCAUUCAAAGGUAUAAUGAGAGGGAGAGAGAGGGAGAAUGAUAGGGUAGUUAUUUUUGAGAAGGGGGAGUUGGAGGGGUUGGUUAGGUUUGAGUUUACGGCUAUGGAUGCUUGGUUUGAGGAAGACCAGCAGAUCCAUGGUGAUCACCCUAAAAGUCCAUAUACGCGCAUUGACAUCCUUCCUUCGUCGCGGAAGAUCGUGGUGAAGAUUGGAGGCGUGGAGGUUGCUUCAUGCUCGAACCCGAUGUUUCUUUUUGAGACUGGGUUGAGGACGAGGUUUUAUCUCCCGAAGUCUUCUGUACAAUGGCAGUAUCUGUCUGAGAGCAAGACGUCUUCAAAAUGCCCGUACAAGGGUAUAGCUAAGUAUUAUGAUGUUACGAUUGACGGGAAGGUUUGGAAGGAUGUGGUUUGGUGGUAUGAGUUUCCGACUGUGGAAUCUGGUGCGAUUCAGGGGUUGGUGUGUUUUUAUAAUGAGAAGGUGGAUGUUUAUAUCGAUGGGGUGCUGGAAGCAAAGUAG